UUCACUUCACACUUUGGGUUCCUCAGGAGGGGGGGCUGGAGCCCUCGCCCACCUUUAGGACAAUGAUGUUCAGGCUGCUCUUGGCUCUCAACAUAUUCUCCUCCUUUCAAGUAACAGAAAACAAGAUUUUGGUGAAGCAGUCGCCCUUGCUUGUGGUGUAUAACAAUUCAGUCAACCUUAGCUGCAAGUAUACCUACAACCUCUUCUCAAAGGAGUUCCGGGCAUCUCUGUAUAAAGGAGUCGAUAGUGCCAUGGAAGUCUGCAUGUUGUACGCAAAUUACUCCCAUCCGCUUCAGUUUUCCUCAAAUACAGGGUUCAACUGCGAUGGGAAACUGGGCAAUGAAUCAGUGACAUUCUACCUCUGGGAUCUGUAUGUUAACCAAACAGAUAUUUACUUCUGCAAAAUCGAGAUCAUGUAUCCUCCCCCUUACCUGGACAACGAGAAGAGCAAUGGGACCAUUAUCCACGUGAAAGAGAAUUAUUUUUGUCCAGAUCGCCCAUCUCCUGAGUCUUCCAAGCCCUUUUGGACCCUGGUGGCAGUUAAUGGAGCCCUGGCUUUCUAUAGCUUGCUGGUCACAGUGGCCCUUUUUGCUUGCUGGAUGAAGAAUAAGAGGAGCAGACUCCUGCAGAGUGACUACAUGAACAUGACCCCACGGCGGCCCGGGCCCACCCGCAAACACUACCAGCCCUACGCCCCAGCACGCGACUUUGCGGCCUACCGCUCCUGACACGGAUGCCUAUCCAGAAGCCAGCCGGCUGGCACUCCCCACCUGCUCAA